GGAGAAACAUCCGGGAAACCCCCCACCCAAUCCAUCAACCACAAGCACGAACUUGGUCCUCAAUUCCCAACCCUUCUCGCACCCGGCUGCACGGAUAGACAGGACACCCACCCACCUACAAACUCCCUUCGCAGCACCUCGAACGGUUGCAAAGAAUUGUCGAUCACUCAUCCACUCACACCUACACCACCCACCCGCACACCACCACCACCAUGUCUCUCGAGGGAGAAAGCAUCGGCGACACGCUCUCUCGAUGGGGAGGCAACCUCACGCGCAACACAUCUGCCGCAUUCACAGACCUACGGCCGAAGGACUACAUCCGGCUUGUCAUCAUCGUGGGCACAUACUCGCUCAUCCGGCCGUGGCUCGUGAAGCUGGGCCAGAAGCUGCAGACCAAGGCGCACGAGAAUGACGCCGCGGAGACGGGGGAGAUAUCCGCCAACGAGCUCAGAGGCAAGAUUGAGAUCCCCGGCGUGGGUGACAGCGACGAGGACGAGGAGGAGGAAGCCAAGCCUGGGGACUGGGGACGGAAUGCUAGGGUCAGGCAGAGGAAAUUCGUCAGAGAGGCUUUGCAGAAGGAGGAGGAUAGGCUGAGGGAUGAGCAGGCCGACGAGAGCGACAAGGAGAUUGAGCAAUUUUUGGUUGACUAGAAGGGGGAAUCGAUUGGUCGCGUCACACGUCUUCCUUGUUCUACUGCUUGCUGUCUGUCUAGCCACAGGCAAGUGGGUUCGGCGCGCAUUGAGAGAGCGAGAGGGGGGUGGGCAGAAGAGAGAAUACCAUCAACAGCCACCGCGGCAACGCGUGCCGCCCACAUACGGAAUAAUUAUGACGUUCCAGCAUUCCGACGUCUUGCACGAUUGCUAAUGAACUCUUCGUGACAAGCUUCACGAAGCUUUUAGCCGUUUCACAGUACAUGCCCCUGACGUCCUCGCAAUGCAUUCCUCAUGUCCUUGUUCCAGCAUCCCCAGAAUGUGGCAGCGAGACUCUC